AUGGGGUUAUGCAACUUCUCUUCCUUACUCCAAAAAUGCAAUAGUAACCAAUCACAACAAUCAACACCGCGUCGGUUGUGUCGCAACCUCAUGGAAACCGCAAAGCUCAUCAUGGGUGUGCGUGAUAACGUUUUGGUCGAACUUCCAGAUUCGAUUGGAACUUUAGUAAAUUUGAAGACUCUCAUACUAAGUUGCAAUAAACUUACGCGGCUGCCCGAUGGACUGUCUCGUCUGCACCAACUGAUUGCUUUGGACGUAUCCAACAAUCAACUGGAAGCGCUAUUACCAGAACUUGCACGUUUGACAAAUCUGGAAGUAUUGGAUGCGUCUGGAAACCGUCUCAUUUCACUGGACCAGCUUCCACCAAAUUUGCACACACUCGAUCUCAGCAAGAAUCGCAUUGAGCGACUCCCAGAAAAUCUGGUCGGAUGCUUGCCCCACUUACGUUCGUUGGAUGUUUCUUCCAAUCAGUUGACAAAUCUGGUGUUGGAUACUCGUGAUCCCUCGGCCCGUGCAACCUCCAAAGUGGCAUCCAUUCACGCCUCUCUCAACCGACUGACAUGCGUCCCAGACGUUGCUGGACUGACAUCUUUAAAAGAACUCUGUGUGAGUGACAAUCGCAUCACCACCUUUGUGCUGGAUCACUUCCAAGGAUGCCCUUUGACUAAUUUGAACUUGGCCCGUAAUGCCAUCGACCGCAUUCCGCAGGGUAUAUCCGUUGUUUUGCCAAAUCUGGCUCGAUUGGACGUAUCUGGCAAUAAUUUGAACAGCCUCCCAACGGAGCUUGGUCUGCUGAACUCUCUUCAAGCGCUGAUCCUGGAAGGCAAUCCCUUGCGCUCUAUUCGUCAAAGUAUUAUCUCUAGUGGAACUAACGCGGUAAAAGAUCUACUACUCCAGCGCCAUGUCUCUGACCCAGAAGUCCCACCCAUUACCCAAGCGACGACCUCGAACCCUGUACCACAAAGCAGCGAUGUUCAACCGUCAUCCUUGCCUGUUUCCGUUCCCAAAGCUUCCGGUGGUGAUCAUACACCCGGCUGCUCACAGACCGCGCGCAAGGACUACGGACUCGCACAUGUCACUCCGGCCGGUGUACUGAGUUGGAAUGAAGUCCCAAAGGGCGAGUCCUAUACACCCCUUCCUGACCUUGACUCUGAGCCGGAUUGGCUCCUUGCAUCUGGAUUCACUGCCUCAAAUCCGGUGAAGGUGGUGAACUUGGAGUACCGAUUGCUACCGCACUUCCCAAGAGGCCUCUUUGCUUUCACCUCUUCCCUGAGUGUGCUCAAUCUCAGUUGCAACAGGUUAACCGAGCUACCUGAGGAUAUCGAUCGAUUCGGGAAGUUAUGCGUCCUGGAUCUCACCCGCAACUCUUUGUGUACUCUCCCCCAGUCACUGAGUGCCCUGUCUCAGCUAACUACGCUCAAACUGGACGGCAAUCCUCUCGGCCCAAAACUUCCAAAUGAGGCCAUUCUGGUCGCUCCACUUGCGAAUUCGUUGGAACAUUUGUCACUCAGAGGAUGCAAGCUUCGUGAGAUACCUGAAGUGUCCAGAUUGCAAGCCUCCAAUGCCCCGCGUCUAGUCUACUUGGACUUGUCAGACAACGAUAUAGACACACUACCUCCGGAACUGGGUUUGUGUACACACCUGAAAUCCCUCCAUCUCAACGGGAACACAUUCCGAAUUCCCAGGCCAAACGUUAUUGCCAAAGGAACCCCGGCUGUUUUGGAAUAUCUCCGAUCUAGAAUUCCUUGCUGACCUUGCGUUCCACUUCAUCCUCCUGGCCGGUGUUUGCCAAGAAUUCCCUGCUUUUCCAAUGUCGGACGUAUCACGAACCUACUUGUUAUCUACAAGAGUUCUCUUAAUAAUAUUGUUACUCAGCCCUCGUAGUACCGAAGGCAACUUACUUUCUCAUUUCUAUUCCUAAUAUGUUACGCCGACUAUAUGAGUUUGAGUCUCUUUUGUGUUAGCGUCCAAAACUUCGCCCUGUUCAUCUGCUAACGAGAUUCCGUUGACUUUUGUUACAUUCACACCCCCAUUGGCUCUGAACUCAUCCUUGCCCUUCUGUUACGUACUCCAUCCCACCCGGUCUUCGAGGAGAUCCAUUUGCUUUGUAACUACACUUCUCCACCACAUAUUCACGAAUUGCUCUAUGCAUCACCACACCUGCCUGUUUACUGAAUCACGGGAUAGCUCGAUUGGCUCUAACUGCGGAGGGGCUUGACACAGCGAUGGACCAAAUCUAAAUUACGCUCAACCCCGCACUACUCAUAAGUAAUCAAAGAUUCGUCCGUAUCACUUCUUACCGCUGUGUCGCUAUGCCGAUAUUCGUACCUCUCGGGGGCCAACCGUGU